AUGCGCCGAACGAGGCACGAAGUGUUGGCGGUGAUUUGGACAGUCCUGCAGGCGCUGGUGGGAGAAAGUGCAACACAGCAAAGCUUUUCGUACGUCGGCCGGAUGACGCGGGAGUACGCGGCCUGCGCCGCCGCGGGCCGCAUGCCGAACAGUGCGGCGGAAUCGUGCGCGACGUACUUCCUGUGCGCCGUCAACGCGGACGGCAUGCUAACGGUCGCGUUGGCGCACUGUCCACUCGGGACCGUGUUUUCGCCGGAUAAGCUGCAGUGCGUGAGCGAGUCCGCCUACGCCUGCCCCGAAGCGCCGUCGGUGGCCAAGGUGGCGCUGUUCCAGUGCGAACAGACGGGCCGAUACGAGAACCCGGAGUCGGUGGACUGCAAAACGUACUACCUGUGCACGCGGAGCCCGGAGGGGGUGCUGCUGCUCUACGUGGCCAGCUGCCCCGGCGAGACCGUGUUUUCGCCCGAGGUAGCCACGUGCGUCGCCUCACCACCGGGUACCUGUUCGUACGUGCCACAAACAACCGCACAACCGGCAGAUCCGACCACGGAAGCACCGCCGUUUGUUUGCCCGGGUGUGGGCCGCUUCCCGGAUGAACAAUCAACGGACUGUUCGUCCUACUUCCUGUGCGUAUACACUCCGAACAACGGGAUUAUAGCCGCUCCCGGCGUCUGUGCGAUAGGAAUGGUGUUUUCGCCUGGCGCGGAACAGUGUGUAGACUCUGCAACGUACACCUGUCCAACGACAACCACAGAACCGAGCGUAACGACCACCACGGAGGCGUCGACAGUCAGUGAAGCUGCGACUACCGCUGAGUCUACGGACACGACAAGCCAAGCCACUACGACGGAGGGUAGUACAACUACUACAGAAGAACCGACUGAAACUACGGAAUCCACAAACCAGUCUACAACGGAGGCAAGUGCAACUACUGUUCAAGAACCGAUCGUCACCACCACAGAAGCACCGCCGUUUGUUUGCCCGGGUGUGGGCCGCUUCCCGGAUGAACAAUCAACGGACUGUUCGUCCUACUUCCUGUGCGUAUACACUCCGAACAACGGGAUUAUAGCCGCUCCCGGCGUCUGUGCGAUAGGAAUGGUGUUUUCGCCUGGCGCGGAACAGUGUGUAGACUCUGCAACGUACACCUGUCCAACGACAACCACAGAACCGAGCGUAACGACCACCACGGAGGCGUCGACAGUCAGUGAAGUUGCGACUACCGCUGAGUCUACGGACACGACAAGCCAAGCCACUACGACGGAGGGUAGUACAGGUACUACAGAAGAACCGAGUGAAACAACGGAAUCGUCGAACCAGUCUACAACGGAGACCAGUACAGAAGAACCAACUGAUACUACGGGAUCAACAAGCCAAUCUACAACAGAUGGUAGUACAGCUACUACAGAAGAACCGACUGAAACAACGGAAUCGUCGAACCAGUCUACAACGGAGACCAGUACAGAAGAACCAACUGAUACUACGGGAUCAACAAGCCAAUCUACAACAGAUGGUAGUACAGCUACUACAGAAGAACCGAGUGAAACAACGGAAUCGUCGAACCAGUCAACAACGGAGACCAGUACAGAAGAACCAACUGAUACUACGGGAUCAACAAGCCAAUCUACAACAGAUGGUAGUACAGCUACUACAGAAGAACCGAGUGAAACAACGGAAUCGUCGAACCAGUCUACAACGGAGGCAAGUGCAGCUACUACAGAAGAACCAAGUGAAACAACGGGAUCGUCUACUAUAGAGGCUAGUACAACUACUACAGAAGAAUCAACUGAAACUAGUGGAUCAAGUACCACAGAAGAAUCAACUGAUACUACGGGAUCAACAAGUCAAUCUACAACAGAGGGUAGUACAGAUACUACAGAAGAACCGACUGAAACUACCGGAUCAACUACCACAGAAGAACCAGCUGAAACAACGGGAUCAACAAACCAGGCCACGACAGAGGUAACCACCACAGAAGAAGGUACUAGCACAUCGAGUAGUAUCUCAACGACGACUUCCUCGACCGAGCUUCCGACAGAAGAAAGCACUGGGGAGGAAACGACGACGACACCCUUGUCGACUACGGCACAACCAGCGUCGACGACGCUUGGUUCCAUCGAUGGUUCGGUUACUCCUGGUGCGAGUACGGAGGUCCCUACCACGACGAUACCGUUCGUAUGCCCCGACGAGGGCCGGUACCCCGAUCCGAACGCGAUCGCCUGCGAGUCAUACAUGCUGUGCGUCGUCAAUAGUAUCGGCACGCUAACAGCGGUUCGGUUUCCCUGCCCAGCGACCGCCAUCUUCUCGGAGGCCAUUCGAAUGUGCGUCUCGGCGAGUAAAUACUCCUGCGGCCAGGUGCCACCGACCGAGCCAACCCCAACCGAGCCGAGUACCCCGUCCAGUGCCACGACCAUCACCACUGCCUCCACCACCCAGUCGACGGCUUCGGUGACCACUCCAUCAUCGAGCAACGUCACGCCAGUGCCGACACCGUUCGUGUGCCCUGCUAGCGGUAGGCACCCCAAUCCUGACUCGAUCUUUUGCAAGUCGUACUACCUAUGCCUGUACGACACGGCCAACCAGCUCUACCCGAUUGAGCUGAGCUGUCCUAAGGGUUCCAUCUUUACGGAGGCAGAACUGCGCUGCGUUCCGGCCGAUGAGUACUCCUGCGUCCCGGCAAGUACGACGACCACGACAACGACGACGACGACAGCUGCUCCGACGACGACAACAGCGCCAUCAACCACAACAACCGAGCCACCUGUUCCCCAGUGUCUGUCGGCAGGCAAAUUUCCGGCGACCCAGCUCCCCGACUGUCGAUCGUACAUCUACUGCAUCCGGCUGGCGACGGGCGGCUUCAUGCAAAACGUCUUCCGAUGCCCCACCGGUACACUGUUCGACGAGGAGAAGCUCUUGUGCUCCACAAGCUACGUGUGCCCGCGGUAG